AUGUGCACGUGUGUCAAUCGCAUACUCGCUUAGUUUUAUUUUAUUUAUUUUCGUAAGUUGACCAUUAUCUCACUAAGAUCAAGUAAUGUUUUAUAAUAUAUAGUCUGGAAUCACAGUAAAAAUGUCACUGAAUCCUUUAAACGAAUUAAAACGGCGCUUGGAAGACGACAAAAUAGUCUUACCAAAACGUCUGUGUCUGGCGAGAAAUGUUGUCCACUCCCAACACUUCCCUGCUGGUCCGAAGGAGAGAGUUGUUGCAGAAUGGCUUGAUCAAGUAAAGCAGAAUGGACUCUCUGGAGGAGAGCUGAAAAAUAUUGUAGGCUGGAUUAAUGUUGGAGAUGAUUUGAGUGGCGAGUUGAAAACUAAACUGAUACAGAUUGUGUCAGAUUUUGUUAAAAAAAGUACACUAACACUUGAGGAUGUCCAUUCAAUCAUCAACUUCUUGGAAAAUGAAAAAAUUGCCAAACAAGUUACGGAAAAUAUAGAUGAAAACCUAUUCAUAUCUGUUACAUUACUGAAAUCAUUAAGAAACACUGAUAACAAAGAUGUAAAUAGAGUUAAUAUUCUUACGACAAGAAUUCUAACUGACCUCACAAAACACUAUAAAGAGUCAAAGAAGAAACUUGAAUUUAUUAUAAAACUAUUAGACGGAGAAAACUUAGAAACAAUAUUCAGUUUACUAGAUACUGAAAAUCGUAAUUCUAUUAUAGAAUUAUGUCAGAAUAUCCUUUUUCCAAUGAAUAAGAAAACUUUCUUCAUCAGCUUCUUACAAACUUUAGUAAGAAAAGAUAAUAUUGAUGAACUUAUUGCUGAAAAAGGAGACAAUAUUCAGUCGGUGUUGAAAAUAAUGAAUGUAUUCUUCGAGUUCCCGAACGGCCGCACUUCAAAAGACUACAAUUUCUUAUGCAAUUUCGUGAAUGUUUUCGUGACAUGCUUUAAAGGGGAACAUCAGCUUAUAUUCGCUUUAUAUAUAAUUACUACGUCAUCUUUGAACAUGACACAGAAUUAUUUAAAUCCUAACAUGACUUUAUCUUCAAUUGUGUUUGAAGAAAAUGAUGAUAAAAUCAAAAGGAAUAUCUUUCUGAAAUUCCUGGAUAUUUUACUGAGAAACGAAGUUGACAUCAGCAUCAGAUUGACAGAUACUUUUGGUGAGAAAAUAUCCAAAGUUGAGAUUAAAAAGAACUUUACCGGAUUUCUCCAAAGUGUUAUGAUGGGAUUGUUGAAGUUAGAAGGGAAACCUGAUAAAACUACAAUGAAUAUAAUAAAUGUAGCAUUGCAGUUGGAUCCAAUAUUAAUUGAACAAAAGCUAGACACAAUUAUACCACCGAUUAUGGCUGCCAAGAAAAAUAAUGCAAGCACCAUGGAAACAUACACAGCCAUGAUGAAAUGCCUUCUACAAACCUUAUUUAAACUUAGCAGAGGAACUUUAUUCAUCACGCAAAUACUACCAAAUGUAAAGCUUAUUUUAGAAGCAUGCAACCCAGAGCAAUUUGAAUUGAUACAAAAAUCUAAAGAGGACGAUUCAGAGAAGAUCAAAAGUAAGAUAAUCAUGAGCAAUGAUAUCAUUCCGCAAGAAUGUGUGGAAAUGUAUGGAAAAUGGACAUCAGAGUUAAUGUUCAGGCAAAACAGUGAACUACUAGUGACUUUACAGAAAGAUUUUCAAGUACACUGCCUUAUGAUGUUAGAAGAGGGUUAUGUCAGCCCCUCGAUCAUAACUCUGUCCGAAGUCCUGGCGGCCAUUUUGUGCAGCUUCUUCGAGAACAAUAAGAUGGCGGACCACACGGUCCCGCGCCACAUCGCCGAGGAAUUCUGGACCACGUUUGGAAACUUCGAGAACGAGUGCUUGAAGAAAUUGGGAGAGUGUGUGCUGAAACUCAAUUAUAACCCAAAUCUAGCAAACGCGUUCUUAAAGCUAAGCAUUAGCUUCACCCGACUGAAACUGAUCAACUUAAAAUAUGGCAACAUUAAAGUGGACAUGAAGGCUGGCAACACCAGUGCAGUAUUCGACUUCAGCCCGAUACUGCCGUGUUUGAAAACGAAACAAUGGGUAACGCUGGCUGGUAAGGUGCAGGAAGAUGAUUCAAGAUUGCUAUUGGAUGACUUAGUAGCCAACAAAAUCCUAGCAGCGGAGUUAUUAAAAACAAUACCAGAUAUAAAAACGGAGUCGGAAAUAGAAUACAAAUCACACCUAAUUAAACAAAUAACCAGUUCCGAUUGUUUGAAAAACGAGAGUUAUUUCAACAAAUUAGUGAUGGAGAAUUUAGAGAAAGGACACGCAAAACAACUGGCGAAAUGCUUGGUGAAAUUAUAUUUAAGUAAUAUCGAAAUAGAUAUGUUUAAACGUAGCUCCGUAAUAAAUAAUAAACCAUUGCUAAACGCUUUGGUGUUGGAGACAUUGAAAAAUAUAAGUAAAUGUCUAGAAAACGCAGACGAAUUGACAAAAGCUUUGAGUAAAUCCGAAUUUGAUAUGACUUUAUUUUUAGAAGAUGUUGAUGUUAAAGAGUAUUUCAACAAAUUAUCUGUAACCGAGGAAAGUGAAGUAGCGGGUUAUUUGGAAAUAUUGAAACAAUUGCCGAUCUACUAUUUGGAAGAAAAAUAUCAACUGGCAGCGAUUUUUGUAAUGUUAGCAGUGAAGAAAAGUGUCAGUAAGAAAUUGAAACGCAACAUUGAUCAUAUUUUGCAAAGUAUUUACGAAUUGAGUCCAAAAAAUCCGGACUUGUACAAAAUAUUCCCAGUGAAUUUGCUGUUUUCUUUCGAAGACAAAAUAUUAAUAGAUUUAUUGACGCUUAAAAUAAAAACGUCAAAUAACCUGCUUUUGAUCAAAAGCACAUUAGAAACUGGAGUGAAAAAAGUUAAAACUGAUAGUGAAAUAGUCAAAAGCAUAGUCAAAAUACUUCUGAAAAAACAAAAAACCAAAAACAACUCAACCGAAUAUUUUUGCGACCCAGUAUUCCAAAUGAGCUGUAUACUUUUACCGAUUAUAUCUAAAGAGAAGCGAGCUAUUACAACAAGCGCUUACAGAUCUAUAUUAGCUGAAUUACAAGAAAAAAUACACAAGACUAUGCUGGAUGCGUUUAAAAAGAUAGAUUUUAGUGAAAAUAGUUUAUUUAGUCAAGAUACUGGCAACAUUGAAGACUCGGUUGUUUCUGACAAUGCAAUGGCGGCACUGAAUGCGAUGGAGGCCUAUUCUUUGACAUUGUCGAAGUAUUGCGAAACGAAUGAUGCUGCGGAAAGCAAGAAUUUGGACUUCCUUUGGUCCGGGUUGAAUUUCUUUAUGGAAAAUGCUAUACAAGCGAUCCAAAACCCAGACUCCAAAGCACCACACAUAGAAUCAUCUAUUCACCUACUAAACGUAUCACUACGUUACAUCAAGAAACUAGAAAACCACGACAUUUUCAAAGACAAAGAUGGUUUGUUUUUAAAAAUAUGGCGGAGCAUAAAAGAGAGACUGCUUAUGGUUUAUGAUAAAGCACAAAAGAAGAGAAUUAGCGAAAGUUGCCUAGAGAAUAUAAGUAUAUCUUUGAAGUUUGUAUUGGAGUUAUCGUCUAUUGAGUGCUUUACCAAGCAGUUUGUUGGGGAUUUGGGCAGUUUGGCAGCUCUGAAGGAUCUAGAAUCCCUGAAAGACGAAAACACCUCAAACACAUUAUUAACCUCCCACAAAGUAUCAAAAUAUUUGACCACACAAUGUCUCAAAGCCAACAUAAUAGGUCAAAAAUGCGCCGCUUUGUCCAAGCAAAUAUACAAUACUUGUAAAACAUUAAGGUCUUGGAUUCAAGAUAAUUAUGACUACGGUUUGGAAGUGAAAGGAGAUAGGAUUGUGGUUGAGGAGAAGGAGGUGGUAGUGGAGGAUGUUGUUUGUGAUAUAUUGAGGAGUCAUUUAGAUGUCUUGGCGGAAAUUGUCUUGGCUGCAAGAAGGAUAAUCCUCGACUACAAGUUCCUAGACUCAAUAUUCGAGCUCCUCCACCAGAUACACGGCAUUAUGUGCUGUAAUAACAAGCGCGUAAGGUGCAAUGUGGCGUGGACGGCGUUCUUCAAGCUGUACGACGGGUCAACUGCGGUGUUGAACUGUUUGCUCGUUUCUAGAGAGGAGAUAUUAGAAGACAGAUGGCCGUGCUACAUGCAGUGCUACAGGGCUCUCGUGUUUUCCCUGUGCGAGCGAUCUUCCUCGCAAGUGGAACUGGACAAAGCUACAGAAGACCGGCUGGCUGAGGCGGCACAUUCUAUAGAGAAAUUAACCCAAUCCAUCUGCAAGAGAAAAACCCACGUAUCCCGCCUCGCAACCUACACCGUAGCCGACAUCUCGUCCUGGCUAGAACGCACGGCCCCUUGCAAAAUGGUCCGACAACAUCUAGAGAACUCCGUAGUUCUAUUCAUUCAAGCAUCUGACUCUACUCACGCUAUGGCGUUCUUGAGGAGAGCGCUAGCUGGCUCGCCGGGCCAGAUGACUAUGACUAACUUGUAUACUAUGUAUAAGAGAUACCAUAAGUAUACAGGCAAUGCCUAAUGUAAACUGGAGAACUCCGUAGUACUAUUCAUACAAGCAUCUGAUUCUACCCAUGCUAUGGCGUUCUUAAGGGCUCUAGCUGGCUCGCCGGGCCAGAUGACUAUGACUAACUUGUAUACUAUGUAUAAGAGGUAUCAUAAGUAUACAGGCAAUGCCUAAUGUAAUAUAGAGAACUCCGUAGUACUAUGUACUAUUCAUACAUGCAUCUGACUCUACUCACGCUAUGGCGUUCUUGAGGAGAGCGCUAGCUGGCUCGCCGGGCCAGAUGACUAUGACUAACUUGUAUACUAUGUAUAAGAUGUAUCAUAAAUAUACAGGCAAUGCCUAAUGUAAACUAGAGAACUCCGUAGUACUAUUCAUACAAGCAUCUAAUUCUAGCCACGCUAUGGCGUUCUUAAGGGCUCUAGCUGGCUCGCCGGGGCAGAUGACUAUGACUAACUUGUAUACUAUGUAUAAGAUGUAUCAUAAAUAUACAGGCAAUGCCUAAUGUAAUAUAGAGAACUCCGUAGUACUAUUCAUACAAGCAUCUGAUUCUACCCACGCUAUGGCGUUCUUGAGGAGGGCGCUAGCUGGCUCGCCGGGGCAGAUGACUAUGACUAACUUGUAUACUAUGUAUAAGAGGUAUCAUACGUAUACAGGCAAUGCUUAAU